AUACCAACACUUUCGAAACGAGCGCCGACCAUUGAUUUCAUUGAUAUGCGACUCUCCAAAUACCAUCCGGCAUUUUCUUCUCAAUCCGUGAGGUAUGAUCCGAUGUCGAGGCAUUAUGUGCCGGCUUCCCAGGUUUUGGUGGCGAAUAUGAAUAACAGCCUCGCGACACCGCCAGCAUCGAACGCGCAGCCAAGUGGCAACGGUCUACCGCAAAGGCCAGAAUGGACAGAUACGAGUGCUAUGAAGUUCUGGAAUGAGGUCUUUCCAGAUGCUAUGAUAAAAUUGAAGUCCAUGAAAGAGCCUAAGGGCCGACCGGAAACAUUGUACCACAUCAGAGACAAACCCAACUGGGAUGCUAUCUAUCAUACGCUUGAAUCGGCGCGCGCAGAAUACCAGAAGAGCGGAAACCCAGUGAGCUGGAUGCGAAAUAUGCGAAGAAAAGCCGCUGACAACAUCACUCCUGGAGUCGAAGUGACAAAGAUCGCUUCAAAAUCUGUUCCUCAGGAUCCAAUCGCGACUCCGGUGAUAGGCGCCGUAGGAGUCGUACUCGACGCUUUCCAAACUGCUGCAAAUGUGCGAAACCAGGUUCUUGCAGGCUUCGAUGGGGUGAUUCCAAUCUUUUCCGACGUAGAAGUCUUCCUCAGCACGUUCCAAGGUGAUGUGAACAUUCGGAACGCAUCCAUCGAUUUAAUUGCCGCGACUCUAGAGGCUGUGGAACGAGCCAUAGGCUUUUUCAUCAGCAACGAGUUCUUCCGAGGCGGGAAAGCGCUCCUGAGUGGUGAAAAGUACGAGGAGAGCUUACUCCAGAGCCUCACCAUGAUCCAGACAAAGGCCAGCGAUCUCAUGCAGCAAGCGUUGAAAUCGCACAUAUUUCAAUUCCAAAUGUUUUCACAAGAGACGAAAAGGGUUUUUGAGCAGCAUGUCAACCAGGUCAACAACUUGGUCGCCGGAAACAACAAUAUAGAGCAGUUACUGAGAGACCAUCUGCAGCAGAAAGAUCUCCAGCUGGAACGUGUCCGACAGGAAAACGUUUAUCUCAAGGUCGAGAACGGGAUACUGCGCUCUACAUCGCCAGUGCAGCAAAUCACGUGGGCUCCUCCGCAGCAGUCAGCCCUAGCACCGGCCCCAGGUUGCCACAUGAACCAAGAAAUGCUCCGGAACAUAAUCGCUACUUUUGACCUAGACUUCGAUGACGUCGCCUUCGUCAUGGACAAGAAAGGGCAGCUUUCUGGAAAAGACAUGGCAAGAGCCGAGCAAAUCAUCCACACGCGGCUCUUCCAGAACUGGAUUGUAUCUGCCUCGUCGUCGAAGCUUUUGGUCCACUGGGACUUGAGCCAAUCGCGUAGGAUUGCCGAAGUCUCGCCGCUGUCUGUCUUCUGCAUGACGCUGGUGCAGACUCUACGGACCAAAGACCGAUUCAUGUCCGCACUGUGGUUCUGUGGAUGCCAUGUUGACGAGAGCGAGCCUGGAGCUCGUACUGGUGGGCAUGCGAUGCUUUUGAGUCUAAUCGACCAGUUGCUAAGGCAAUUUCAAUUCGACACUAGGUCCUUGUACAAUGACAUUGACCUUGUGAGCCUUGGAGAGGGUGGUCUUGAGGUGCCUAUCAAGCUACUCGACUCGCUGGUGCGACAAUUACCACCCCAUAUAACGCUGUUCAUCAUUAUCGAUGGUGUAGUUCUAUUCGAAAGGGAGCAGUUUGUAGAUGAGGCAUUGGAGGUGUUUGCCAGCUUGAUUCGCCUCGUUGUUGAUGCCAGUGUUAUGGCUUCCGUUAAGGUGUUGUUUACCAGCACACCCGGCACGGCAAUCGUACGAUCGGCUUUUGAGCCAGAGAAUCUGAUUCUGGCUGCAGAUAACUUGCCACGGCCGGCAGUAUGGAGCGAGGAACGCAUGGUACGAGAGCUUGAGGGCGAGCUUGGAGAC